CUGAAGGCUUGUUUUAUAAUCACUGAAACCAUUAACGUUGUGCCUUACGCACCUAGAGUUAGUUUUAUCCUCGGGCAAGGACGCAUAAGCUAAAAAUUCGUAUUGUAUCAUACUUUUAGUUAUGAGUCUAAUUCUUGAACAGUGAACGUUUUCAAUGCAUACACAGUCUAUGCAGCAGAUAAAGAAAUUUGUGCAGUUUUAAAAUUGAACGACUUGCAAUUUUGUAUUGCGAACGAUAUUUGUAAAAACUACCGCCCCAAAACAACCAGUAGACAAUUCAGUAAUUGCUGAAGAUUUCUUCGUUCCGUUCUUAUCUCGUUUGAACAAUGUCUACCUCAAGUGCAGUACAAAAUAAUUUCAGUAGCAACAUUAAUUUCACGGCCAGUUGGUACGAACCAACACCGGAAGAAGAAGAAAGGGCAGCUAAAAUGUUGCGAUCGGAGCGCGAAUUGCAAGGGUCGAGCGAAACUGCAUCGAACAAAGAAACAUACGAAGGGGAAGGCCUAAAUCCGGAAGUGCAAUCGAAUGAAAUGUCCGUCCUGUAUAAAGCUUCCAAUGGACGACAAAUCGAGAUCGAUAUUCUGGAUUCUGCCAAUGUAAAGAAAUACGAAAAGUUGGUACAGAAUGAACUCAUAAAAUCUCCCUUCAAGAGACGUUUGUCCGGCGAGUCGAGCAGUGAAGAAACCGAUGAGAUAACGGCACCGGGAAUGGAUCCCGAUGCUGACGGAGAAGUAGAGGGCCAACAAAGUGGUGGCCAGUGCAAACGAAGCAAAAGACACGAGAAUGAUCACGGUAGUUGGCGUUUGCGGCGCGAAAGUUCCAGCUCCGGUGCGUCUAGUCAGAACAGCCGCAAGCAGCUAGAGUACGAAACGGAUGAGGCUGUGCUGGUCCGUCGUCAGAAGCAGAUCGACUACGGCAAGAAUACGCUAGGUUACGAGAACUUUAUCAAGCAAAUACCAAAUAGACAUGAACGCACCAACGAGCAUCCCACAACACCUCAAAAGAAUCUAAAAUACAGCCGCCGUGCAUGGGAUGGACUGAUACGAGUUUGGCGUAAGCAGUUGCACUGCUUUGAUCCCAAUAACACCCUCGAAGAAACGGCCUGAAACGCUUACAUCGAUUGGCAAUCUAUAGGAUACGUUUGAAAAAAGGGCAUUGAUUGUUCUACCGGGACUUGGUCGGAAUCUGUUGCCGUAUUUAUACAACUUAGCCCUCCUCCCACCAAAUGUGCGACAAAGGAUGUGAAAUGGUAGUUUUGUGCAUGUACAAACCAACAAAACAACAAC